GCAAUGGGUUGGACAUGAAAUAAGCCUUUUUGUGCUUGGAGCCAUCCAGUAGGAAUUAAGAAGCAUCCCUGUGCCACAGCUUCUGUAAAAAUGAAUUCACUCUUCUAAAUUCUGAUGUCGUGUGGAUGUAUUUUUAUUCAGUGUCAUGCUUAUUACCGGUGUAUUUGUAAGAUAUUUAGUUUGGUGAUGGAACAUUAAUAUCUUUUUUCCCCCAAAUCGUUUCAUUCAUAUAAUUAAAGUGGACUGUUAGACCAGAAGAACUACCGGUAACAUAUUUUAUGCCACUAGUAUAAUAUAACAUUUAGGCUACCUGUAAAAAGCCUCAUUAUAUGUCCAAAUAGACACAUCUGUCACAUUUUUUUUUUUUACCCGCAGAUGUGAUAUUAUUAACAUCGAAUAUAACUCAUCCACUCCAAAACACAUUUGCACAAACAAACAUUUUCUAUUUCAUAUGUGUACACGAUUUCAUCUUGAAUAUGUUAACCUAAAAUUAUAGGGGUGAAAAACACACACACACACGCACGCAUGCGCACACAUGCACAAAUACACAAUGUUCCCUUGUGAGUACGCCCCUGGAAAUCUUAACAGUCUGACAGUGUUUUCUUCAUCUGGCUGCAACUUAAUGUGGGCCAUGGCAAAGUAAGCUCCGAGUUUUGCAGAGAACACCAUGAACGAGCUGCUGGGCUGGUACGGCUACGACAAGGUGGAGUUGAGAGACUCGGACAACUUGGAUAGCAUCGGUCAAACGGCGCAGCACAUCUCUGUCCUUAAAGAAAAUCUGUUGCCAAAAAUUCCAUCUUCAAGACUGAGCAGCAAUGUGUCCCCGGAUGGAGCCAACAGCUCACAGUGUCUGCCAAACUUCAGAAACGGAAUCUCAGAACACCCCACCACAUCGUCCACCUCUACAGCCAGCGCCAAGGAACACGGCAACCAGCCCGUCACUGUCCCGGUCGUCCCCCCGCCACUCAUCAAGCCACCGACAGAUGACGACGUAACCAGCGUGCAGAUCAUGUGCGCCUGGUGCCAGAAGAUCGGCGUCAAACGCUACUCUCUGAGCAUGGGCAGUGAGCUGAAGAGUUUCUGCAGCGAGAAGUGCUUUGCAGCCUGCCGCAGAGCCUACUUCAAGAGGAACAAGGCGAGAGACGACGAUGGCCUCGGUGGGAAAUUACUCCAGCACAGCUUUGCUCAGGACUCGCCCAGGCUUGUCUUCAAGACAAACAGCGAUGUGCUUGUAUGUGACUGGUGCAAGCAUAUCCGCCACACUAAGGAGUAUCUCGACUUUGGGGCUGGUGAACGACGGCUGCAGUUCUGCAGUGCCAAAUGCCUGAACCAAUAUAAGAUGGACAUUUUUUAUAAGGAGACCCAAGCAGCGUUGCCUGGAGCUCUCUGUAACCCUCAAGGCGAGGCUCAGACAGAGUGCGGCGGCGGCGGCGGCGGCGUGCAGCUGCUCACUCCCGAAUCCUGGGGAACACCUUUAUCGGACGUUCGUCGGAAAGCUCCCUCACCCGGAGGGCCCGCCAACUCUUUGGCUCCUUGCACUUCAUCUGCCACGUCCUCCUCGGAUGCCAUUUACUCUCCAUCCUCCUCUUCUGCCAAGAUCCCCACACCUCGAAGCCACGAGAGCCCCGCGCUCCCGCCCCCUCCCAUGCCCACUUUCGGGGUCCCUCCGGGGAGUCCUCCGAUGGUGAUGACUCCCCGCGGGCCCAUGCCUUUGCCUCUGUUUAUGGAACACCAGAUGAUGCAGCAAAUGCGGCCGCCGUUUCUCCGUCCGUCCGUCCACCCGGGUGGAGCCAACAGUCCCCUGUCAAACCCCAUCAUUCCUGGUAUAGGUCCCCCACCUCCAUCCAGGACUCUUGGUCCUGCCUCGAGCCCCAUGCACAGACCCAUGAUGUCCCCUCACGUCCAUCUCUCAUCCAGCAAUCCCAACCCUGGCAUCAUCCCCCCCCCGCAUCCCGGUCUCCACAUGCCGGCAUUUGCCCCUUACCCCUCGCUCAACAUGCUGCCCAACGGAGCCCUUCCUAUGCCGCCAAUGAUGAAUUACGCCAUGCCGUCCUUAGCCCCAUUAGUACCGCCGCCGACCCUUUUGGUCCCUUACCCUGUCAUCGUGCCUCUUCCAGUCCCCGUUCCCAUUCCGAUUCCAAUCCCUUUCAACCCCAAAUCUUCCAGGAACCAAGCAGAAGACGCUGAGCCUCUCUCCAGUGCACCUUUGUCUUCAGACAAUUCAGCAAGCGGGCUAUCUUCUGGAGAAGAGAGAGGCAAAGAAAGAGAAGAUCCCGAUGGUGUCGAGUGUCUCUCUCCUGGAUGUUCCGAUAGAAACAGGUCAUUCGUCUCCAACAAGACUGUGAAGGUAGAAGAGAAUAUGAGAAAGCUACGCUCAACUCUCGACACUGGACAAACGGAAGGCGUUAUCGAUCUAACAGUAAGCCAGAAAUCGUGCGGACGGCACGUUAUUCGGAAGAUCCUGCCUAAGGUUCACGUCAAAGCAGAGGCGGAGUUUGAGGAGGUCGGGCUGGAAAGGGAAGUCAAUGGCAGUCAUGAUCUUGACGCAUUACAACAAGCCCACGCAAAUACUGAGCUGUUUGUAGCCGCCAGCUUACAAACACUGCAAACGUCAAAUUCGCCCUCGGGCAGAAAUAGCUCUAAUCUGGGAAGCGGCGUUGGCCUAUCACCUGCUCCCAGCACGCCAAGGACCCAAGCCCACCCUCAAACCAACCCCGCUGCCAUCGUCAACGGUUCACGUCAUACUCCCAAUUUGAAGUGGGACAGAACAGGAGAGCGUCUCACGUCGGAGGCCGACGUAGGGGAGCACGCGGCAAAUGGCGAGUUGGAACGAGAAGCCCUCAAAGAAAACAAUUGUUCCGAGCGCGGCUCAUCGCAAGAGCAGACGGUAGAGGCCACGGAGGGCAAAGCCCACCCUGACUCCAACUUGGAGGAGGGUGAACGCGCUUACACCCUGCCACUGCUAUCUACCGGGGCUUGCGUGGUGAUCCAGCCUGUGCCAAAGCCCGGCACUGAGAAGACAGCCAUCCUUUCCUGUUCCAUCAGUGCGCCGUUAUCAGCUGCCGGAAGCCCUGAGCUGGAGCCCCCCAUGAAGAGGAGGUGUCUGCGAAUCCGCAAUCAAAACAAAUAAGAUGGAUACUCUAAGGACCACUGUGCCAUCCAUCCAUCCAUCCAUCCAUCCAUCCAUCCAUCCAUCCAUGCAUGCAUGCAUGCAUCCAUCCAUCCAUCCAUCCAUCCAUGCAUGCAUGCAUCCAUCCAUCCAUCCAUCCAUCCAUCCAUCCAUCCAUGCAUGCAUGCAUGCAUCCAUCCAUCCAUCCAUCCAUCCAUCCAUCCAUCCAUCCAUCCAUCCAUCCAUCCAUCCAUCCAUCCAUCCAUGUCACAACACACACAUUUGCACGCACACACGCAUCAUCCAAAGUACCAGCAUUUUGACCUCUUCAAAUGGAUAACAUUUGCAUGUCAUAGAAAAGAUGACAGCACAGCGCUGCUCUCGGUUUGCCUAAUUGACGGCAUCACGGGAAGUGUGGAGGAAAGCUGUCAGCGGGACAGCGAAUCCCACUGCACAACGGUCCCAUCCACCUCCAGUAACUUUUCCAUUCCCUCCAGACUGCAGCACCUUCUGCAAAGCUGUUUGUCAUUGUUUUAUAGAGCCCUGCACUGUUGUCUAAUUGGAGUCCCACGAGACCUAUCUUCAAAUCAUUGCUGCAGUGUGUUACUGUCGCUUCACCCAGUUCUCUCUCUUUGGCCUUAUUAUAUGACAAGCAGAAGAGUGCACUUGGCAACCAAACGCCGCAUUUUGAUGGGAGGAGCCGCAAACAUCAUCCUUACAGUCUACAUAGUAUGCGGAUAUUAACGACAUCACGAUGUUGUGCCGCCUCAGUAUUACUCGGUGGAUUUCAUUUGUUUUAUCUUAAACCUCACCGAAUUCAAUUCAAUGAAUAACAUUUUCAAAAAGAAAAGAAAAACGGGCCCCUUUUUGUGGUCUUACUGUCACAGGCCAUUUUGAUGCUCUGAAUUGAGACAGGACUGAGUGAAGCCAGCGUUGAAACAUUAUGGGCAAGACCAUGCAAUCUGAAAGGUUUGCUUCACGUUUGUAAUUGAAUUUCCUUUUUUUUUUUUUUUUUUUGCCAGAUUUGUUCAUGUAUGUAUAAGAUCCAAUUCAAGAACUAGGACCAUCCAUAAUCACGUGUUGAGUUGAAAUCCUGUUUUAUCACUUGUGGUGUGUUGAAACUUUGCUAAAUGGAUUCAUCUGAGUUGCCAAAAUUUGCAAGCACUUUGCGUAAAAUGAAAAGCCCGCUCCAUGGGACAUAGCUUAUCGGCUUUUUCGUGUUGAGACUUUUUGUAUGUCCAGUAUUUGGUUAUUCCUGGAAAAGCUCAUCACUAGUAUGCAUCCUCAUACAGUAAAUGGCUGUAAAGUUCACUUUGUGCGUGGGAUGUGAGGGGGAGGUAGGUGCAAGCAGCGGCGGAGAUUGCAGAGUGCAAUCAUCUGCCAUUUAGCUGCACGUACGUAGUUGCUUGCCAAGGCCUUGUUUUGCCGUCACUUGUAGCAUUUCCUUUCACUUCUCUCUAAUCAAUGUCAAGGCCAGUCAUUGUGGAGCUGCCCUUAUCAACUUGUUGCUUUGUCCGCAUUCUUCUAAACACCGCCCGCCACCUUGAUGCCAUUUCACCAGAGGAGAGAUUGAAUGGUUUCAUUCAAUCAUGUUAAUAACUCGGGCUUUCAAAUGCUUUUUGUGAUUUUUAAUUUUUUCAUCCUAUUCUAAUCUUUCAUUCUUUGUUGCUUCAUUGAAUGGUUUUGAGGGUCAGAUUUCAAAAGCAUGCACAGUGUACAGCGUAAGCAAAAAGCGAAAGGCCGUGGGACAUUCCGAGAGCAAGAGGAAAAGACAAAUAGCAAAGGUGUUCUUGCAUUGAUCCAUGUUUGUCCUGUCAGCAUCAGGAUGGAAUGACACAAUAUUUACUUUAAUCACAGAAUGGACACCCUCAGGGCAAUGUCAUCUCCAAACAUGAGUAGGGAAAGAAAAAUUGGGAAACCACCAAGGUUGACUCACAGUCCUUUCGAGAACGCUAGUUGACUUACGAUUUGUACGUGCAAUAUUCAGAAUACAUUCGACAAAUGAUUCGCACCAUCAAACUCAUAAGCCUUAGCUGUAUUCUAGUGGAGCUGAGCAUGAAUGGAAAGCAUUUGUGGACUCUAAAGUGCAACUACACUAUGCUCUCCACAUUUGCAACUUUUGCGCUAAGCGGCCAUAUCAAAGUGUCAUUGAUACAUGGAAAUUCCGCUUCACCCAACCAGUUCUUGUGAUGGCCAAUAAAACAAAUAUUAUCCAUCAUACAAACGUGUUAGAUGAUAGACUGCAGGCCGGUUCCAUCGCUAUGAAUUAUGCAACGACAACCAACCCUAAAAGUGAAAAAAAAAAAAUUAAAGUUGCCUUAUGUCUUGCUUGAAUAAUCUCGACAAUGAUCCUUAUAUUGUGAAGAAGUCUCUCGCUCUUUUUCUUUGUACUCAAUGAAAUUUACAGAAACAACUUUUUCUCUUGUGUCAAUGUAUAGCUGAUCAGGUUUUCUUUUUCUUCUUCUUCUUCUUGUAACUUGUGUGAAUUGUCACACUUUUGCUCUCAACAAAACAUUCUUGUUCCCGACCAUCUGAAUUACCUUGUGGUGAACUGUCAAUCUUUUUGUGUACAUUUGAGAUUAUUAUUUAUUGUUGACAUGUUUUGCAUUUGCAAAUGACAAAACAGUGACUAGGGUGUGACCUGAACAUUCUCGUUCCAUGUAAUUGCCUGGAGAGCAAUUCAAUUCUUUUGUAAUUAUUAAAAUGGAAGAAACAAUAUGAGGAGAUUUUUUUAUUAUGUGGCCAACAUUAGGUUUUUUUUGUUGUGUUGUAACAGUAUUUGUUAAUGAAUUGCGUAUGAGUAAAAAUAAAUAAAAGGCACACA